AUGGCGAUGUCGUUCAGUCGCGAAUCAUGGAUAUGGUAUAUCUGCGCCCUAGGAAUGAUUAUCGCACGGCUUCUUGCCCGUCGGAUCCUUUUCCGCUCGCUGAAAGGCCUUCAGGUUGACGACUGGAUCAUGGGUCUCUUCGUCACGGUCUCCUACACUACUUUAGUGGUAGUGUCCAAUAGAUGGCUGAAGGCUGGAUCGAAUCUUGAACCGCCCAACUUUGACUUUGGCGCGCUCACCGCUGGCCAGUUGUCACAACGCACAUAUGGAAGCAAGAUGAUGAUAGUCACGGAACAGAUGCAGAUAUCUGUCAUCUGGUCAUGCAAGGCUUGUUUGCUCGUCAUGUACUACCGGCUCACUCGCACGGCUUUGCGCAACGAGAACGUCGCUAUCAAAGUCCUGUCCAUCUACGUGGCUCUUGGAUAUAUGGUCAUGCAGAUACUGUACUUCGCUGUGUGGUGUCGUCCGUUUCCGGAGUACUACCGUGUACCGACAAAUUUUCCGCAGUGCAAUACUCUUGUACAUCACCGCAUCACCAAGGCCGUCUUCAACAUUUCGUCCGACCUCGUCAUGUUGUGCAUCGCACUACAGAUGCUUAUCCGCUCAACGUUGCCAUGGAAAAAGAAGCUCGUCCUAUGCGGUAUUUUCUCCCUUGGCAUCUUCGUCAUUGCGGCAGCUGCACUAAACAGCUACUACUCAUUCUGGCAUCCCUACAGGGACACAUGGAUGUUCUGGUACGUUCGCGAAUCAUCGAUGGCGAUCAUCGUUGCCAACAUUCCAUUCACCUGGACCAUCCUGCGUGAGCUGUUCGAGGUCGGCGAUUUCAACGAGAGUGCUCAGCCGUGGACCUUCCAUCCUCAUGCUCGCACAGCGAACGUUGGAAUACAUUCAAACAAUCGAACGAUAUCAUCUCGCCCUAGAACGUAUGAACCACCAAUCGAUAGCUGUAGAAGCAAAAGCACGCAGUCGAUGACGCUGGUGGGUUCAAUGUCUCCUCAGGUAGAGAAUGUUGGAGCCCCUGCGCAGAAGUCAACAAUGGAGGAUAUCGGUGUCGAGACACAAGCAGUGCGGUUUCAUGACUUUGCUUGUUCGCCAUCGUGCUCAAAUGAUGUUGAGCCUGGGGAUGCUUGUAAUAGGCUGUAG